GAAUGUGUUUCGAUGUUUUCCAAAAUUGUAUAUUCCGUCUGAAAUAAUGCUCAAAUAUUGCUGAAUUUUUACUCAUAACCCACCAGGAACUGAUGCUAUAUAUCCAAAAUUCCCAAGAUUAACGUUCUUGGUGUGAGAGUGUGGCUAUGGGCUUGAAAAUCUUGCUAAGCAUCGUUUGGUUAUCAGUUUGUGGGUUACCGCGGUUUGGAGAUUGUGUACCAAAAUGGGAAAAAACUGAUCAGAACAAUAAGCCUUAUAAUGGUCAAAAAGUGUACGCCGACCGAGAUUCUUCAUUUACUUUUGAUUGGCGGUUUGAUAAUAAUGGCUACAGUCGACAGUAUACAAAAUGGGAGUUUUCUCGAAGUGGUAUAAGUGGUUCAAAGGUUGUUGCUACCAAACAAGGAGGAGAAACUCCUGUAGAAUUUUCACCUUACAAAGAUAGACUGAUCUUUGGAAAUGGGGCCUCUCUAGAAAUCAAAAAACUUAAGUAUCCAGAUGACGAAGGAAGAUAUGAAUGUGAUCUGACUUUUUCAUCUGGUGGAAGUGGUGCUAGUUUAGAUGAUGUUGCAGAGCUAAUAGUUGUGGUUCCACCAAUAAUCACAGGCAAGAUUUCUGGUUCAACUUUGACAAUAUCGGAGCAAGAAACAAKAACAUUGAAAUGUUCAGCUAGUGGUAAUCCCAAACCAAGAAUCAUAUGGAAAAGAGAGAAUCUAGAGACCAAAGCCAUUACUACUGUAAUGGAUAGUUAUAAUCACUAUGGAUACAAUAUUACAUAUGCUCAGAGGAAAGAUAUAGGGUUGUAUACUUGUGAAGCUAUUAUUUCAGUAAAUGGAGGCAAAAUAUUCCACAAAGCAUCUUAUUCACUGACUGUUUAUGUUAAAUACAAACCUGAAGUAACCUACCUUACAGGAAACAGAACGCUCACUGAAGGAAGUAAUGUAGAACUUGAAUGUAAAGCAAAAGGUGACCCACAAGUUAUAGGCUAUCACUGGUAUAGAAGCAGUUUUCACUCUUCCUCAAAACUUUCAAGUGGAGGAAAAUAUACCAUCACUACUGAAUCAAAUUUUGAAAAAUCAAACUUGGUGAUUAAGAAUCUGGAUAAAAGUGAUGCAGAUUGGUAUUAUUGUGGUGCUGAAAAUUCGCUUGGUAUUGGCAAUGCAUCAGAGACUUAUGUCACUGCACGAUUUGCCCCAACAAAAGUGGAAAUAACAUACAUACCCAAACAAGCUGUCAAUCUCAGUCAGGCAGUCACCUUAAAGUGCAUAUCAGAUGGAGUACCUAACCCUUCCUUUACAUGGAAGUUUAAAGGAAAUGAACUGGACUCAAAUCUGCAAGUAAAAGAUGGGAACAACAAUGAAUUUGUAAAGAUUGCCAAAAUGACGAGAGAAUUGGCAGGAGAAUAUACAUGCAAGGCAUCAAAUCCAGAAGGGGAUAGCUCUACUAAAGGCAUCUUGAAUGUCAAUUACAAACCAACAAAAGCUUAUUUUGAAACAGGACUUCCCAACCUUGGAUUAUUACUUAACUCACAAUCCAGUCUAAGAUGUGAAUCAGAUGGUUAUCCCAAACCUCAGUAUAUCAUAAAGAAAUUCCAAGGGAAUACAUUAAUACAGACAUUCAAAGACAAAGACCGUAUUGAAUUCCAAUCUGUAAAGUUAGAUGAUGAAAAGUUUGAAUACACUUGCACUCCUUUUAACUUCCUUGGUCAAGGGCCAGAAACGGCGAAAGUCAAAGUAACUGUUAUUGUUCGUCCAAGCUUCAUUGUGGGWCUUAAACCAAGUGAUAARCUUACAAAAACAGAGAAUGAUACCCAGAACUAUACUUGCAUUGUUGAUGCUAAACCAUUUGCCACCAUAAGAUGGUUUGUCAAUAAUGAGAAUGUAACUGAUGAUACACCAAAACUUGGUACACCUGUGAUGUUCUUUAAAGCUAGCCAAGAUAAUCCUGGACARUCAAGGACAGAAAGUACAUUGUAUAUAAAGUCUUUAUCUUGGAGGCAAGAUGGAAAUAUAUCUUGUGUUGCAUCAAAUGGUGCUGAUCCUGUGAAAACGCAUACAUUUUUGGAAGUCAGACAUCSUCCUGUUGUAAAGAAUCCAGAGGAAGUUCCCAACAACAAAACUGUKAAUAAUGGAGAUGAUGUUACAUUUACGUGUUUUGCUGUCGGCAACCCUGCUGUAGAAAGCUAUAAGUGGAAGUUUAAGCAAGAAAUCAUCUCAGGUGCAACGUCUAGGACUUACACCAGAAGAAAUGUUAAUCCUAAUGAUGUAGGGAAAUAUUCUUGUCUUGGUAAAAACUCACUUGGUGAAGGACCAUGGUUCCCCAUUGACUUGUUCAUCAAAACCCGAGCUAGAAUCACAGCUAGCCUUCCAGUGGAGGCGAAUCCAGAUAGCCAUGUUGUUUUGAAAUGUUCAGCCUCCGGAAUCCCAAAGCCUKUUAUCAGGUGGUAUAGAGAAAAUCGAUACCUUGGCAUUGGCGAAAAGCUAAAUCUUUACAAUAUUACAUAUGAAGAUAGAGGGCCUUAUGAAUGCAGAGCUAAGAAUGAAUUGAAUGAAGACAAAGCUAUUGUUAUGCUUUCUAUACGAGUWAAACCCAACAUCACAUCAAAUAAGCCCACUUACACCCAAGUAGCCGGCGUGAUUGGAAACGAUAGUACAUUGCACUGCAAAGUCAUUGCAACGCCUCCUGCAUCCAUUUGGUUUACAAGGGGAAAUGAGAAUACUGAGUUAAAGACAUCAGAUGAAAGAAUCAUAUCUAUCAGUUCAUCAACUUCAGAAAAAUCUUUAAAGUUAAAAGUAAGCAUUAUUGGAGAAGUGUACUAUUGCCAUGCAAGAAAUAUCAUGGGUUCAGCUAAGCAAAAGUACACCAUCAGAGCAGUAGGUAAACCAGACCCACCAACCGAUCUAAAACUAUACACCAUCAAGACAGCGUCUAAGCGUACUGUUGAUGUCAAUGUUACGUGGGUUGCUGGAUACAAUGGCGGCUACUCUCAGUUUUUCACCAUUCUCUACCGGCUAUUUACUGCAAAUAGUUUUUCCACAAUAGUACUUGAAACUCCUGAUGCUACGAACUUUGUGAUGAAGGAUCUUAAGCCUUCAACUAAGUAUGUUUUCCAACUCACUGCCAGAAAUAAAAGAGGUCAAAGUGAUCAAUCGGUUAUGAARGUCUACACCACUCAAGCAUCAGCUCUACCUCCAGCAAGAGGGACAUUGACAAUAAAGAGAAUACAAGGGGGGACAGUAGUCCGYAUAUCAUGGACCGCUCAAAGUAACGUUACUGCCAUAUACAUACAGUACCGUGAGGUCAAAUUGAUGAAGAGGGCUCGUCGAAGUACCGUAAAUUAUGAGUAUGGAAGAUGGAAUAACGUAGAAGGUGCACAAGGACUGUCCAAAGAUAGGGGGAGUUUCGAUGUGGUCAAUCUAGACGCAGAUAAGAUUUAUCAGUUUCGAGUGUUUUUCAAGGUUGGAAAUGAAAUUGGAUUUAAUGAAAAAAUGGCCGUUCUGUCGGAGAUAAUUCAGCCUCUUAUCAAACCUCAAGAAAGAACAGGACUGAAAGAAGAUGAACUGAUUGCUAUUAUUGCAGCUGUUGGUGGAUUUCUUCUCAUCGUCAUUGUAAUUGUCUGCUUGUGCUGCUUCAUGAAACGCAAGAAAGGCUAUGGAGCUGAUUCUGUACAGAUGUCACAGACGGGAAGCGCGCCAAAUCUUUUGUCAAGUGUCUAUGACACUGGCACCCGUGGUACAAAUCGUCGUAGCUACGCAACUUCUGUAGAAGACGAUCCAUUCAUUGAUGCACAUAUCGCCAAUGAACUGAACAAGAAAAGAAGACCAGCAGAGAAUGGAAUCAACCAUGGCUACGCCUCGCAAGAAUCAUUUCCCCGGCAAGAAAUCCUUCUAAAUCCUGGAUCACGCUCAGGUAUACGAACUGGAAUGAGUCAAAGUGUUGGUGAGCUUGGUGGUAGGACGUCAAGUUACUCAUCGACGGGACCGCAACGAGACUUCUCCACACUUCCCCCUUAUCACGAGCCUCCUUCAUUUGAGGAAGCCAUACGACAGUCUGUCAAAAAAACAAAAUACGCUGCCUUAUCAACUGGUGAUCUCACUGAAGAGCCAAGGGUCCGUAAUGGUCGAUCGCGCGGUGCCAGAACAUCAGAUAGCGAUACAAGCGAUUCUGAACCUCCUUUGAAUCGACGACCCAUGUUUAAAGUUAAGCCACCAGUACCUCCUAUUGACAAAAGGUAUAAAUCUGCGCCUUCUAUACCACCGCUUGUCAGCCCCGUUAGACCAGGUCCUCCUCCGAGGGGACCAUCUGCCUCGUUUGCACGUCCACAGAARAAAGUGCCGUUCAAUGAACCUGUCGAUGUGUUUGGUUCUCCUCCAUGGGAAUACAUUGAUCACAACUACCACGCUAAAGCCUCAAAUUCUGGAUGGCCUCCACCAUCUUAUACUGCUGAAGAUCGCGCUGUUAUUCCUGGAAUGGAGGACGAUUAUGAACCUCGUGUCACUAAACGAAGACCAAUUGCUGAUGAUGUCAUGGAAUUACAGGAGCAGCCGAGUUACCAUCGUAACGACCGAUUACCCGACCUUCCUCCGAGUAUGCCCGAGUUUUCCCGAAGUCGGAAUAUGCACAAAGAACCAUUAGGCGAAACUCUUCCCGAACCRCCAUCAUUUCUUCGCGACCUCUCAUACGAGGAGGAUGAACCCGAUGGUCGCUACACAAGGUCGUACACCGAACCUAGAAAUAGGACUAAACAACCAUAUGUGAAUAUCCACGGACAGCUAGUGAGACCGAACUCACCAGGUAGACAACCGACCUACGGAUCCGACCGACAAGAACCCAUUUACGCCAAUGACCCACCCCGACUUGUAGCGGCUGAGCCCGAGGUACCUGUUGAACGCAGAAAUCGACAACCACCUGGCAACAACGAGCACAAACCUGGUUACGUCAGUAGUGGUUUUCUAGUGUAACAUCACAUGACUUCAAUUAAGAGUCACGURGUCGUUACGAAUUUGGCCAGUGACAUUCUCUUUCGUGAAGAGAUCAAUUGCCAAAAUAAUGCAGCAGGACCAUUUAGAAUACAUCUGAUCAAUUCACGAGUUCUCCUUUGAUGCCUGAUUUGAAUGAGAAUUAAGAUUUUGAUCGUAAGUAAACCCUAGUUCRAACUCAUUGUGUUUGUCGACCACAUCAAAAGGAACUCCAAGCUUUCGUUAUUUAAAWGUUAAAAUUACUAUUUCGCGACAAAYACAAACAGGGAAGUAGGAAUAUAGAUUUUGUCCAUUUUAGUGUACUGCUGUUAUUUAACCCGUGCUUUGAACCUGGUCAAAUGAUGACUCCAUGCGAUUGUUCGGACCCAUGGAAACGUUGCACAAAGUUUUAACAACGUUAUUCGUUUUAUGAAGGCUUAUUCAGCAGAUAUUGAUCGAUAACUAAUGUUUAUCCGAUGGAUAACAUCAUUCUUACAACCGCGCAUUUCAUAAACUUGAUUGGCCUCGCCUAGACCAAAAGAAAACUAUUUCUUAAAGUAAAGGGCAGUAAUGUUUUCUUAAAAUAAUUGAUAAAAUAGAUAGAUUGAUUAGAAUUGUACAAUACAUUAAUAAUAGUGUAUAAUAUUGAUAACUGAAUUGAAACCAUCUUCGGAAAACGGCUGAGACUGGWWAAYCCUCCAGAGUACCAAACCCUUCGCCCUUACUGAGCAGCCCUUAGCCCCUGGUUUCCGAGGAUGGACUUGUUUUUAGCGUGUUAGUGUUCGAUGUCUCUCUAUCUUCUAGUCGUUUCGAAUUUUAUAGAUGCUUACAUUCACCAGUAUUAUUAAUAWUAAACUUUCGUGUAUUCAGGAAGUCUGAUUUGUACUAUAGGCUGAGUUCAAACGGUAGACUUGCCAGUAAUGGUCAGACUUGACUUUAUGAGAUUUAUCAUGGUUUGUAAUAGAAAACCGUUUUAGAGCAAAGUCUCCGUUUGAACUGAGCCUCGGUUUAUCUUGACACUUUAUUGACAUUACGUAGAUUGUACAGUAAAUAUGACGUUGCAGUUAUAGUUCAUAAUUACAUAAGUUUUUAGAUAGAAAAAAAUGGUAAAACUGAACUCAAAUUAUGAUCGUCAGUAAUCAGUCUAAUUUAACUUCGAUAGAGCGCCUUAAAAUGUAUGGGAUGUUCUCAAUGGGUAUGUAAAUAUGUACCUUCAAGGCUUAGCUCAAACGUCAAGAUUUUGAUUAGUCAAAUAAAGAAAGUCGACCAAUGAAAAUGUUGACGUUUGACUUUGGAACUGAUGCUGUGAUUCACUUUCGAAUGAUGCGUGAAACGUUGAGAUAAAUCAAAAGUCCGCCUUUCUUAAUAAGCUUAAUAUUUUUGUAAAAGUGUCUUCAAUGUGAAGAAUAAGAAAUCCAGUUUUGCAGUUAUUAUUUUAAAGUGUAUAACGAAUUGAAUUUUCAUCUUAAUACUACAAUAAACUAUAUUUAUCGAUA